CACCCAGCUUCUUCAAGAUUGUGUCAACGUCGCGGCAGGCGAUGAAUGGACUCCUCGCCCUUUCGGCUUAUUAAGUUACAAUGGCCAAUGGCUGCCAAUAUGCUCGCCAAAGAGCUUAUCAUUAUCAGAUGAUGGCUAUUAAAAAUCUAAGACACGCCGUCACUCAUUUUAGUCGACAUAACGCAGAUGGAGCACUGGCCGCUUCUAUGGCAUUAAUCUGGCUCUCUGAAGACAUGUAAGUGAAUUGACUGUUAGUAGUACGCAAAAGUCACAGAAACAGGUCGAGCCGGAAUCAAAUAUCUCGGGGGAUUUCAGCUGUAAGCCUUUAACACUUUACCCCCCAAAUUACCUUCAUACAAAGUACCAUCCAGAUGCUCAGGGUUUGUUGUGAUUUGGGGCACAAAUCAGAUAUCUACCACAUAAUGGUAAAGGCAUGGCCGGGCUCGAACGGAACGGCUUUCGUCCUUGACUGGCGCCUCAAUUCAAUAGCCAAGGUUACAGAGUCCAAUUUCUCACAACGUAUGAUCAUAGAGAUGCAAAAGUUCACAGCCGUCUUGAGGCAGGAAGAGGCUGACGAUUAUAACGCCAAACAACUUCAACAUAUCCCGAAGGUGGGGAGGAUAUGAUCGCGAAUUCAGG